AAUUGAGUGUUUGAGGCUUGUCUUCUAAGUUUCGCAAUGGCAUAGCCUAUGUAACUCGUUGCUGGGUGCCACUGGAGAAACAUGAUGCCCAGACACAAAGAAUUGCAACAGGAUGAAAGAGCCACAGGGAAAAAUACAAGAAAGGUUGUGCAUUGAAACUUACCUGGCCAUCUGUUAGCAGCGACUCUGAAGGCAAGAAGACUGGCAUCAGUUUCACGAUGGAUUCGCUCAUUGCAGCAAACACCAAUUUUUGCCUCCGUCUUUUCCAAGAGAUAAGCAAAAAUGAUGGUCAUAAAAACAUCUUCUUCUGUCCUCUGAGCCUCUCAGCUGCCCUCAGCAUGGUCCUUCUGGGGGCCAGAGGUGACAGUGCACGUCAGAUCGACCAGGUACUACACUUCAGUGACUUUUCCCAGAAUAGAAGCGAAGAACCUGAUCCCUGUCUGAAGUACAAACAACAAAAAGUGCUGGGUGACAGCGCUCAGGAAGGGCAGAAAGGAAAGACAGAGCGUGUGACGCUGCAGGAGGAAUCUUCAAGUAAUGAUGUUGGAUUUCUCAGUUGCCACUUCGGGCAACUUCUCUCCAAAUUAGAUACGAUCAAAGCUGAUUGCACCAUGAGUAUUGCUAGCAGGCUUUAUGGAGAGCAGGAAUUUCCGAUCCGUCAGGAAUACAUAGAUGGUGUGAGUCAGUUUUACCACACAACGAUUGAAAGUGUUGAUUUCCGGAACGACACUGAGAAGUCCAGGCAAGAGAUUAACUUCUGGGUUGAAUCUCAAUCCCAAGGUAAAAUCAAGGAACUCUUCAGCAAGGACACCAUUAACAAUACAACUGUGCUGGUGCUGGUGAAUGCUGUUUACUUCAAGGCCAAAUGGGAAAAAUAUUUCGAAAGUGAAAACACCGUUGAUGCACCUUUCUCUCCAAAUGAGAAUGCAAAGAAGACUGUGAAGAUGAUGAAUCAAAAGGGCAUGUUUAGAAUCGGCUUCAUAGACGAGCUGAAGGCGCAGAUCCUUGAGAUGCCAUAUGCCAAGGGGAAGCUCAGCAUGUUUGUCCUGCUGCCAUCUUGGUCUGCAGAUAACCUGAAGGGCCUGGAGGAGCUUGAAAGGAAUAUCACCUAUGAAAAAAUAGUGGCCUGGAGCAGCUCAGAAAAUAUGUCAGAAAAAAGAGUAGCCAUCUCCUUCCCCCAGUUCACCCUGGAAGACAGCUACGAUCUCGUUCCAAUUCUACAAGACAUGGGCAUGACAGAUAUCUUCGACGAGAAGAAGGCUAAUCUUACUGGAAUCUCUCCAAACCCCAAUUUGUACCUGUCAAAAGUUGUCCAUAAAACUUUUGUGGAGGUGGAUGAAAAUGGCACACAGGCCGUCGGAGCCAGUGGAGCUGCCGGCUCAGUAAUGUCUGCCCCAUCCUGGGAGACGUUUAAUGCUGAUCACCCCUUUCUCUUUUUCAUCAGACACAACAAAACCCAAACCAUUCUCUUUUAUGGUAGGGUCUGCUCUCCUUGAAAUGAGCACACUGUCCAGUACCUGAGGGCUGGGAGAAAAUUGGCAAUGCAGUCUUAUCCCAGUAGAACAUGGGCAUUUGCAUUUUUGCUAAUAUCUAAAAGUCGACCGAAUUCUCCUCUACAUGGGUGAUCUCUCUGUGAUGUGAGAGACGAGUUCCAUGUUCUUCACACAGGCUUGGUUAUGGAACAAAAGAAUUUCUCAUUGGUAAGGCGAGGCAGUUUGAGGUAGCUCUUCCAAUCCUGACCCAGAGUGCACGUCCCACAGGUCAAAUGUACCUCAGAUAAUCAAAUGCUUAGUUUCUCCUGUGGUUCCUUUUGGGGUUGAUGUUUUGAGGGCUGAUUUCAUGCUAACAUGGCAUUCCUACCGCACACUGAGCUGGAUAACCAUGACCUAUAUCAAGGUCUGGCAUUGGCCAGUAUUGUUUAUGUUCUUAUUCUUUUCCUUGAUGAACAAAUCUUCUCAUUUGUACUGGGAUUUCACAGAAUUUUAAUUACAGGGGGAUAAUGUAUCUAUUUACAAAAUGA